UUUUCCACAGAUGAUCAAAAAUUGAAACUUACUUGAGAUAAAUUUAUAUGACAAGAGAACUACACACCGGGCAGUCAUGACUGGAAAGAAUGUGAAAACUUGGAUAAAUGAAAUCAGUGCCGAUGGGGUUACGGUGCAACAAUCACAAAAUGCGUAUAUAAAAUGGGCAGACAAAUAUGACGAGGAUCUCGAAAAACACGCCUUUACCGGACCUGGGAAGGUUGCACAAAUUGUUCGGGACCAGAUUUUAAACCAGCCAGUAGGUGAUGUUCGUAUCCUUGAUGUUGCUGCAGGAACUGGACUUGUUGCGAGGGAGCUGAAAAAGUUUGGUUUCCGUCAUAUAGAUGCCUUGGAACCAUCAGAAGCUAUGUUAAAAGAAGCGAAGAAAGCACAUCUAUACAUAAACUACUUUGUAGAAUUUAUCUCAGAAUCUCAGACUACAAUAGCUGAAAGUUCGUAUGAUGUUGUCACUGGAAGUGGGUUAUUUGCUAAUGAGGCGCACGUACCUUGCGAAGCCCUUUAUGAAAUGAUCAGAGUUGUGAAACCAGGUGGUCUGAUAGUUCUGUGUGGUAGAAAUCAUCUCCUGAACGACAGUGAAACUUACAAGCGUCUCGAACCCUUGAUGGACAAACUAGAAUCUGACAAGAAAUGGAAAAAAGUUUUACGUGAAAUUUGGCCUGGAUAUCUUAAAGGAAUUGAUGGAGUAGCUUGGUGUUAUCAAGUACUAUAGAGAACAUUACGCAUUCAGUAGAAUGACUAUGUCAUUCAUUGAAUCUCUUAUAACUCCAUAUUGGAGUGGCAUUGUACUUUUAUGUUGUUAACCUUGUUUUAUAUUACAGUUAUAAAAUAUAUUACAAUGAUGAGAUGUAAAUAAAAUAAUAU